GUCAAGCGCGCGUGUCGCCUGAAACCGCACGAGACGUUCUUGAGCUUCUUUGUCCUGAGCUUUGUUCGUCUCGUCGGCGGCUCAUUCUUUUAUUCACCUUAUCUCGACCUCUUGCACAAUCUUUUCCCGAAAGAUGAAAUUUCGCGCGUUUGUCCUGACGGGGUUUUUGCUCGUUUUGAUCUGCAAGGAGAGCAGCGGCCAGCAGCUGGACAUAAAGCCGUACCUGCAAGACUCGGCUUUCAUGAAUCGACUGCUCAACUGCAUGCUCAACAGAGGCGAGUGCGACGGCAUAGGAAAUGUAGUAAAAUCAAUGGCUAAAUCCUUGAUCACCACGAGGUGCGCAACUUGCGAGCCACAGAUCAAGAAUGCCGUUGAAACUGGAAUUUAUUGGCUUCAGAGUCGCUACAAUCGAGAGUGGAAUGAACUGGUCAGAAUGUAUGCUUAAUCCAAAAUAUACGUUUUUAAUUCUUUACCUGCAUUUAAUCCACUCGUAAAAUUAAUAUUUUUCUUUAUAUUUAAAGCUUUUUGUGAAAAAUAUGUAAUAAAUAAUAAUCAGGUUUUUUAAAACUUUUGAUUAUUCAAAUUUUCAUCUAGACAAAAUCUUUAAAUUUCCUUUUAAUAAAAAGCUGUUGAUGCCAGAAAAAAAUAAAAAUUUAUAUUUGUACAAAAUAUGUUGUAAAUUUUUUUAAUUACAAAUCGAUAAUGAUCUAAACAAUCAAGGGCUUUUGCUAAUUAUUGUCUUUCAGAAUUAUGCCUGAUUAAAAAUAAAUUAUAUUUUUUAUCAUGCUCGAAGGUAAGAUAAAAAUCUUCCCGUUUCAUUAUGUGGCGAACGCAAUAAAAAAAAAUAAAUUUUGUGUAUAUUUCUUAAAAGUUUUGGGACUUGCAAGACUCAAUAAAAAGCUGCACAAUUUGUA